AUGUCAGACGACGAAGCAACACCGCACUUUGACACUCCGGAGCAGGAGAUCAAGCACUGGAAGUCCAAGGUGGCCGACAUGCAGGAUGCCCUCCGCGAGGCCCAGAGCUCCCUCACCGACUUCAUGGAGUCAAGCAAAGACCUCGAGGCCGAGAUGGAAAAGGAAAUCUCGGCGUCCAGCAAGACCAUCAGCGGUCUACAGCGCGCAAACGAGUCGCUGAAGGACAGCGUCGAAGAUUGGAAGCUCAAGUACCAAAAGUCGCUGGCAGAGCACAGCAGCAUGAUGAACAGCGUCACCCGCGAGCUCAACACGCUGCGCGAGUCGCACAACCUGUACAAGGCCAAGCUGCGCGACAUGGAGAUGGACAACGACGAGCUCGAGAAUGCCGAGAGGAUGAUUGCUUCGUCGCUCGCCGACAUGGAGAGCCGCUACAACAAGACAAUCGAGCGGACGGCCCUGCUAGAGGAGGAGCUGGUGCAGAAGUCGGCGCUGCAGGACGAGAACCAGCGACUCAAGGACGAGCUGAGAGACCUCGCCGAGGAGGUGGCCGUCCUCCGCGACUACUCGACGCGCAGCCGGGCCACUUCCAGGACCGACACGAUCCCCGAGGACGCCAACGUCCGGCACUCGGCAGACGAGGCAGCCUCGUCCGAGGCUGGGCCCUCUUCGCUGCGGAGGCGCGAGAGGCCAGUCUCGUACACGGCCGACCGCCCGUCGUCUCGCCAGGCCCUGGCGUCGCCCACCGUGGGGCGAACCAACUUCUCCCAGCGCGUCGCUGGCAUCCAGGCCCACGCCCGCCGAGGCAGCCGGGAUGUCCGCGACCUGGUGGCCACGCCGACGAUGGGCGAGAGCCCAGACAGCAUCGUGCGGUCCAAGUCGACGCGCGCGAUCCCGUCCAUGGGCCGCGAUGGCGCCGCCACGGGCUCGCCCGUCGGACGCAGCUCGCUGCGCGACACGGUCCGCGGCCUUCCACGGACGCCGACGACGGCCGGCGGAUCCAGGACGUCUGGCGUCAACUCGAUGGUCAUGAUGCAGACGAUGGUGGCCAAGAUGAAGACGCUCGAGGGUCGGAUCAUCAGCGCGCGCAACCUGUCUUCGGUGUCGGCCGUCGAGAGCUCGAUUCCGCGGCCCAGCUCGAGGAUGGGCUCAGUGGGUCCGGGCGGCGGCGGCGGCGGUGGCGGAGCCGGCUACGCCUCGCCCACGCUGUCGCAGAGCGCGCGGCGGACCGGCCCGCGGCCCAGCCUGGAGAACAAGACCAGCAUCGCCAGCUCGAUCCCGCUGCCGACGAGCGGGCUGUCGCGCUCCACGACGCGGCGACCGAGCUCGAGGAUGAGCGACCGGGGCACGCCACCGAUGCCCAACGUAGGACUGCCGCGGUCGGCGACGCCGAGCUCGCAGCUCUCGACGCCGUACCCGGGCAGCAGCCGCGGGCCGUCGCCGCUCGAGUUCAUGGACCACGACCCAGCGGCGUUGCUGCCGCAGAAUGCGCGGCUGGGCACGGUGGCCAUCGCGCGGCGACGCAGCAGCAUCUCGAGCAACGGCCUGCACUCGGGGACGGUGGCAGCGGCGGCAGGCACGCCGGCCAAGGUGCGGGUGGGCUCGGCGCUGCCGGUGAUGGGAUCGACGCCGGCGGUGAGGCGAGAGGCGGGAGCCCGGGCAUCGUCGACCCACCAGCGGCCGCCGUCUGGCCAGUUUUCGAAAGAGGUGGGGCCGCCGACGGCGUGGAAGGCGUCGGCGCGGCGGUCGCGCAGCGGCAGCAUGGUGGCCAAGGCGACGACGGCAGCGACGACGACGUCGGUGGCGAGGGAGGUGUGA